GUUUGUAUCGAGUUAUACUGUACUGUGUACUACACUAAUGCUUUGACGUUUGUUGUGCCCUGAAUUGGUGACAUUUUUACGCAAUGGGGAUAUGUUCAAGGCGCAGUUCAAUGGAGGAGACCACCAAAGAAUUCAACUCCAACGGCUGCUUCAUCCUACUGAUGUCUUUCAGCAUCGUUGCGCUGUGGGGAGGUGUGUUAAAGAGUCUGGGAGUGCUUCUUCCCGCGUUGACUGAUCAGUUUACCGACCACGUCUGGCUGACCGGAAUAGCCAUAUCGGUCAUGGUAGUAUCAGUCAACAUAGCUGGUCUGUUCAGCACUCUCCUUAAAGACAAGUUCGGCAGUCGACGGAUGUUAAUUCUGAGCACGUUCAUGGUUGGCGUGGGAUUAGUGCUGGUUCCACUAGCUACGAGUAUCAAACACAUCGCUGUUAUUUUAGCCGUCGUGGUUGGCCCAGGCUUGGGGAUCGGUGUUGUUCUAAGUAAGGCUACUCUGGGACGUUCCUUCAGUAAGCGAUAUAGUCUGGCCAGUGGAAUAAGCCACACGGGACAAGUACUCUCGUUGCUUGCUUUUGCACCAAUGAUGCAGCUUUUUCUCGAUACCUAUGGCUGGAGAGGAGCCACCUUGCUUCUUGCCGGGGUUUGCUUUCAUCCAGCAGUCUGUGCUAUACUUGCCAGAGAAAACAAACCACAGUACGAGCUACCAGUAGAUCAACAUGACCAGCAGGAACCAAACAGCACCUGUAGGGUCUGCCUCGGAUCUUGUUUCACUCGUGCAUUGUCAACUGUGGAUCUGCGAAUACUUCGUCAGUUCAAUUUCUGGGUAGUUUUCAGUUGCAUAUUUGGGAUUCGUUUCGUAAAUACCGCUUGGUUCCUGUUUUACGUUUCUCAUCUUCAUUCCAAAGGUUUCUCGCCCCAAGCGUCUGCUGCGAUAUGCUCGGCUUCGGGCGUUGGCUAUUUUUUCGGAUGCGUCGUGUUUGCGCCUUUUGUGGAUAGAGGCCUCGUGAAGUGUUCUACAGCAGUGAUAAUAACCAGCCUGGUACUGAGUCUGUCGCUUGUCGUAGAUCAAUGGUCAAAAGACACACUGAGUGUGACCGUAUUGACCGUUUUAUACGGUCUGUCCUCAUCAUCGCUGUUUACCUUAUCUGAUGUGCUUACCAAGGAACUAUUAGGUAGAGACAGACUGACAAGUGCGUUCUCGUGGAUUGGAUUUUUUGGAAUACUGGCAGAAUUUCUCGGGGGAUUUUUACCAGGUUGGAUAAAGGACACGACCGGCAGCUAUGACAUGGCGUUCGUUAUCAUGGGCAUUACACCAGCUGUGGCUGUCAUUCCCCUGGUCAUUGGAAGAAUCACGAAACGGAUCUGAGAUGGAGAAGGCAUUGUAAACAAAUUAGUUAACAAAUUAUCCACUUGAAAAGGCAUAAUAAUUCUGCAAACUGCUUAUAUAUACUGACUAGAUUGACGUUAAAUAUAUUAAUGAACAAAAUGAGAGGGCAUAAUAUUUCGGAUCCGAGCAUGACCUUUUCCGAAAGACAAAAUUACAGUUGUUCACAAACAAACAUACAAGCACCCCAACACCCCAACAAACAAACAAACAAACAAACAAACAGGGGGCUGGACGAACCAAAGGAGUGUGGCAGUAGGUAAAGAUCAAAGAUCCUGCAGCAACAACGGCAAGUCCUGUCAAAUGACCCCUUCUAUUGCGUCGAGAACCUCCCCAAACCCGACCAUUACGAGAAGAGGAAGUGGUCGUUGCAAGUCUCCGCAGCGUACAUAGAAAAUUAGAAGGAAAGAAGUACCGAUUUGUUGCCCGCUAACUACACCAGCUUGCAUGCUCCUACCUUUGCUUUUUAACAUUGUUAUCCAGCCACGAUUUUUAAUUUUUUGAAUUCAAUGCCUAUUAUUUGCUUUGGGAAUUCUUAGUUUGAUUUCGUGUAUUUUGAUUUGUUUUCUUUGUCGAUCAUAGUCAUUUCAGCUUUUCCUUACUUGUUUUGGAGAUUUAAUUUCGUUUUCCGUUCGUUUAUUUCAUUCAUUUUGCCUCAUCCAUGUUUUUAUUAAGUAUAUUUUUUUCAGCUUCUUUGUCUGUGGCUUUGUCUGUAGCAUUGGAAUUUCCUUUCGUGGAAUGAUGCACAUGUAUUUUGCAUUAUUUAGUUUUCUGUUUCGAAUUUUUAUAUUAAUGUUUGAAUCAGUCGAUAGUUUUUGUUCACAUUUUCCUCCUCAUGCUCCAUUCGCCUUGCUAUGUUUUUUUCUUAAGUAUAUUUUGUCAGCUGUUUUUGUCUGUGGCUUUGUCUGUAGCAUUGGAUUUUCCUUUCGUUGAUUAGAUGUACCUGUAUCUUGCAUUUAUUUUAUGUUCGAAUUUUUAUGUUAAUGUUUGCAUCAGUCGAUAGUUUUCCUCCUCAUGUUCCAUUUGCCUUGCUAACUAUAGCUAACUAUAGCUUCCCUUCACUUUAUUUAUUUGGCUUGAGUUAUUUUUUUACUUAAGGCACUUUUUUUAUUAUUGAUAAUUUGCCUCUUGUUCUCCUUACAUCAAUAUUGUAACUCCCCCCUUUUUUCUACGUACUUGUACUAGGUAAUUAAUUGUCUGUAUCUGUUGCAUUGUUCAUGUGUGUAUAAUGUCACUUGAUUUUAAUCUUGAUGACACGUUUGAUAAUGAUGAUAGUCGUGCCUGCCUUAACUUAUUUACCGAUAG